UUCAAUGAACAAAGCAUAAGUGGCUCACGAAAGUGUCUUUUAUGCACUGUGCAAGGGUAUUUGUAUUGGCAGAGUGACUCUGCAAACUGCAUUUGCGAUGUCUUGUAUCAAUGUAUUGCCACCUGUUAGUUUUGCAUUGUGUGUUCUUGGCUUUACGUGCAGACUAAAAAGUGGCAUUGAAUGAUUGUUACCCCUUUUGUAACUUGUGACUUUUUUAUGAGAGUCACUACGUUUGAAAGAACAUAGGCUGGUGACCACAUGUUUGACAAGAGUGAGAAGUGUUUCUGUGUCGUCACUAAAUUGAUAAAUCAAGUUUUUCUUGUAUUGAAAGAUAAUGUAGGCAGCACUGAUCGUUCAGUACAGUUAACGCAAAGGCAUUUUAAUUUCCCUGUAAGAGUGCUAAUCACAGGGACGUAGCAGAAAAUAUGUGUUUAAGAUUAACAAAUAACAAAUUCAUAAUGUUUGUCUUGUUUCAUGUAGCUGUAACAGCUUUGCUGACUUUCGAUAGUGGUUUUCUGACGGGACAGGGUGUCAUUAAAUGCAUAAGUUAUUCGCUUCAGUCUCUGUUCUUUUUCAAUUGCAGGGCUUGAAGAACCUGAGAUCAUUUUGGUUAAGGAGGAGCCCCCAUCCAGCUCUGACGAAGCAUCCGCAACAGAUACAGAAAGGGACGAUACUGUUACAAACUGGCCUUCGAAUGCCCGCAGAGAGGAGGUACAUGAGAACUCUGGAGACAUUCCCACUGAAGCGACAGACGUGCCACAGGAUACAGAGGGCUCAGACGAAGACGGCGAAUGGCAACAAUGCAAACAGUGCCAGCAAUACUUUGGCACGCUGGAAAUCCUGCUUCAGCACUCCUGUCACGCACUCGCAGGACUUGCCGUUCUGGUGCGAUAACUGUGGCGCCGCCUUCACGUGCCAGGGAGAGCUGACGGAGCACGAGAGUACGCACGUCGAUAAGAAUCGGUUCUGUUGCGCGCUGUGCAGCAAGAUAUUCAUCAACAGCACCGUGCUUCGAGAUCACACCGCGGUUCACCGCAGACAUCCCGGAUAUCGCUGCCACCUGUGCCCCAUGGUGUAUGCCACGCGUCAGCAGCUGUUAAAGCACCUGGACAGCCACAGUAAGCCUUACACCUGCAAAGUGUGCAACCUCAGUUUCUUCAGCAACAAGACCCUGACCGCUCACUGCGACCACCCACGCGGUCGCCCACGUGACCCCCCAGGUCAAAUUUCAACACCGCCGCACUCUGCACUACAAGUGCCCGCACUGCCCCAGGACCUUCUAUCACAGGGGACAUCUGGUGGACCACGAGAGGUCCCACACCGGGGAGCGGCCCUUCAGCUGCGACAUGUGCGAGAAAAGCUUUGCCCGACACCACAGCCUUCGUGUGCACAAGCGAGCGCAUCAUGCAAAGUAAGCUCAUGAAGCACAGCCCUCGUAGGUCCCUCGCUUCGCCGUAGAUUGGCCCCACCAUGCCCCUUGGAUAUCUGCGAGAAGAAGCCAGUGACAGUUUUGCAGUGUUCUGCAUGACCGGGAAUUAACAGGCCUUGCUGGCUGAGCACUUGGUCGCAAGCAAGGUGCUGUGCUGGAGUGGAGAUAGUGUUUGGUGGAGCCGGCUGUCGAAGUCUUAUCAUAGGAACAGAUUCAUGUUAGCCCAUAGCGGAGAACAAAAAGUGUUAUCUUCUUGCUUCCACCACCUUGCAUACGCCAAAUUUUGCUGGACAGCUCAACAUGUAUGCUUGUGUCACUGGUAUUAGGACGAAACUUGAAUGUCACGAUAGUUUGCACGGAAGAUUACGAUAUCAGUACUCAACCACUAAUAUUUUUCACGCAAAACAAGCAUUUAUUUUCCAUUUAGUCUAGGGUUUACAAUAACAAAGCAAGGGCACUUGAACUGUGACAGAACCUUUGGCUAGUUCGGCACUCUUUCGAGGCAGAAGUAUAGUCAGAUGCUGGCUUCCAGUGGGGUAAGGUUUAGUGAGGGCUGCCACUGCAGUUUUUUUUUUUUCAAGCUUCUUGGGUGCAGCCGCUCAUUGCUGCUUGACUAUUAGUUUGAUUGCAGCCAAGCGUGUAGACUGUUGGUUGAACGACUAAGAUGAGCAGACACUUGGUUGUACCCACUCCUUGCUGCGGGAUUGUUCAUUUAAUUGCAGCAGAGGGUGUUUAAUAGACCUUACUGGUCGGGCACCUUAGUGCGCAGGCACUUUGUUACAAUCCCUUCAUAGCUACCUGACCAUUCAUUUGGUUUCAACCAAAGGCAUUUAGCUGCUAUCAAAUAUUUUCUCAAACUACAGUGAUUGCAUUUACUUGCUUUUGUGUGCUUGUAUGCAUAUGUGUGUAAUUUUAUAACAUAUUAAUAGUUAAUAUUAGAAAGAAAAGUUAGCAUGUGAGUGUAAUUCUGAGAACAAGUAGGUCAGAAGAGAUAUUAAAUAAAGAAAUGAGCAACGUCUCAAGCUGCAUCAAUAUGCCCGAGUUUGUCAGACAUCAUGUGUUACGCAUUUUUAGUUUUCCUAGGUCAUUAAAGCCGGAUUUAUACAGCUUGGAAUUGUAAGUUGCUUGUGAAAAGAUGAUUAAAUGUGAAACACCCUUGCUUAGUAUAAAAGUAACAUGUUACCACCAGACCUCCAAUCAGUUAUUUGCUAAAGUUAUGCUUUUAGGAGUUGAGCGUGAAAGAACACAAGGACAAAAGAAGGAAUGUAAACACACACUGGCACCAGUGUAGUGCAUACAUUCCUUCUUUUGUCCUUGUGUUCUUUUGCGCUCAACCCCUAAAAGCAUGACAAACCAACAAGUCCGCAUCACUGCCCUCCUCAGCUAAAGUUACUUUCUCAGCAAACAUAGUUAGAAGCUUCCUAACGAUAAUACUCUGUUCAAGCAGUGUCGUGGCUGUUUUGUGCAGUGCAGCUGUACUUGAAGAAUGCAACGUAUCAGUUUAGGGGAAAGCAUGUAUGCCUUUGUUUCCGACAUUCCGAGGUCGCAUUGCAUUCGGCGAAAUCUGUAGCCCUCUCGGUUAAAACGAUGUUGCUACCAACUUUACCAAUUACAUGCAUAGUGACAUGAGAUCACAUCCUCAAGUAAUUGCAGUUAUUCACUGUUCCACUUUAGAACUCCCCUGCUCGUAAUUCGAUGAAUACAGCACAGUCACUGUCAGUCCUAAAGGGACAGACAACUGAUUUUUUAAGGUGCUCAUUUCUUGUGGCACAAUGAAGAGCUUGUCCUUUAAGACGUUUGUACUUGCAGCGGUUACUUCUGAAUAUACAUGUAAAUUUAAUAAUCACAAAUUUUAAUCUGGGUGAUCUAAAAAAAGAAAAACCUCCCAA